AUGUCUCUCAAGCGCUUGGCGCUCGUGUACCUGUGGCUAACACCUAUGCGGGCCGGGCCCGGCUCCCUCGAGCGCGAGGCUCCCCACUGCGCCCGUGCGGUCCGCAGCGAGGCGGGCCUCUUGGAGCUCCCGGUGCCGCGCGCGGGCUCCGGCCACGCGUGGGCCCCGCAGAGCCGGUCGCUCGGGGCAGAGCUGCGGGGCAUGCACGACCUGCUGGCCAGGGAGCCCCAGGCCUUCCUCCCGGGGCGCUCCGGGAGGCUGAGCCGCGACCAGGAGGCCGUGAUGUGCUUCCUGGAGCGGGUACGCGGCCAGGCAGAGGCGGAGGGCCCCAGCUCCGGGCAGCCGGCGCCGGCGCUCGCGCAUGCCGCGGCGGGGCGGGCGCUGGACGCCCGCGGGGGCGUGCCGGGGCCGAUGCGACCCGCUUCGGGCUGCGUGCCGCUGGCGGCGGGCGAGCCGCUGCGCCUGCCGGUGCUGCCUGGCUCCGAGGAGCUCGAGGGCCAGCCGUCCAUCAAGCAGCAGGAGCUGGCCACCGUGGCGGCGGAGCUCACCGCGAUCAACGCCGAGGCCGUUGUCAAGCUCGGGGUUUACAAGCGCCACCUUUUCUUCAGGCCCUUUUGGAAGAAGGGCCUCGUGGGGCCAUUGUGGUUGUGCAGGAACGCAAACUACGAGGUGAUCGCUUGGCCCGUGCGCAGGCGCACUCUGCUUGACUACUGGCUGGCCAGUGAUUGCGUCGCGGCCACCGUGACUACGCCAGUCACAUUGGCAGACUUCCCACCCAGGAACCACUACGCGGUCAUGACUACGUUACCAGCCACUACGAGCAGCGUGCUUCCUCGCGCUGGGAACCAGACCAGCGAGAGGCAGGUAUGCUUCAGGCGCUCGUCACAGGUGGCGUUUGGCUACCGCAAAGACGUCGAAGCUGGCCGAGACGUGCAGUUGCCCAGUGAAGUGCCCGUGGCUGGCGACGACAUCGCCAUGGGGACGGAGGAGCAGCAGGAUCGAGCCAUUGCGGACGUAGAUGCCGACCUCCCCCGAGCUAAGCGCAGGCCGAUGUCCGCCAGUGCUGGUGGCGGCAAGCCGUGGGCGGCGGCUUCCGCCCGGUCGCUGGCCCGGCGCCUACGGCGAGAGCGGCAGGCAGAGCGGGGCUGGUCCCGUGCGGCCGCGAUGUCACGCCGCACAAAAGCGCUCAGGGCCUCGCUCGACGUCCACUGGCGCCUUGGUGACGCCGUCGGCUGCUACCUCCCCGCGCUCGGCGAGGAGGUGGCGGCCGCGCGUCUGAUCGGUUGCGACCCUGCCCUCCUCGCCGAGGCGGACGCGGCGCUGGUGGGCUUGAUAAGAUGCCUGACGGGCUGGUGGCUCGGGCGCUCGAGCGCCUGCCUGCCGGAGGGCGCGGCGCCGCCCCUCCGCCGCGACGCGGAGCCGUUCGUCCCAGCCGGUGUCAGGCUGGUCUCCACGUUGCUGCGCGAGCUCGGCGUAGAGCAGGUCGCGUGCAAUCCCAGCGUCGUCCCGCCUGUGCAGGGCCACUCCCACGUCGUGGUGGACGUGGGGCCCCUUCGCGAUGCGGCUGGCGCGGACGACGCCUCUGUGUCAGAGGACUCGCAGUUGGUGGUCAACCUCGGCAUGUCGGCUGAGGAUGUGAUGGACCCACUCGUUGCGCGCAGUGCAAAGCCGCUGGAGGAGGUUCGGGAAGAUCCCGACGUGCAGGUCCUCAUGAUAGUGAUUGCGUUGCCCUCGGCUCCGAGGGCGAGCCUGCUGAUGAGCGUGGCGGACAUGGUGUUGAGGAUGGUGUGGCCCUCGGACAUGGUUGUGGUGAUGCUGAUAGACGCUCGCGCCGUGGUCCACGAGGGCGACCUCAUUGUGCGGCAACUCGAGCAGAUCGAGGACAGCAUCCAGUCCGAGGCCCACCUCAUGGAGUGCGAGACGGAGGUCCAGGAGGCCAUCGACCAGAUGAUCGACCAGGGCCUUGUCUCCGUCAUGAGGCCGUCGCUCGGCCCGUCGCGCGCGAGCCGCCUGCUCGCCGCUAGCCGCCCUGCGGGCGGCGAGCCCUCCGAGGAGGCGGCCCUCGCGGGCCCGGCUUCGAGCGCGCGCGACGUGCCCGCCGUGGGCGCCCCGCGGGCAGCGGCGGCGCAAGUCGAGCAGCCGGAGCGAUCGAGCGAGCGCGAGGGCUGGCCGCGCAUGCCGCGCGGGCAGGGCGCGGGGCCCACACGCACGCGGCACGCCCUGCCGCCCGUCUCUCGGGGGGGGUCGUCCCAGCCGCCGAUCGCCGCCAGCUCAGUCUGGGUCCCAUGGCGCCGCGGCGCGCCCCCCUGCGCGUACCGCCCAAUGGCGCCGCUGGAACCUGGCGGGGCGCGGUCCGACUACGGCAGGGUGCAGGUGGAGUACGGCGGCGACCUCUUCUGGGCCAGCGUGCAGACUUUCAACGACGAUGGCACGUGCCGCGUGGUCUACGAGGAGGACGGCAGCUACGAGGACUUCCUCCGACCUGCAGCCGCGUCCACGCGCCGCCCGAGCCGGCGGGCGCCGAGGCCCCCGCGCCGCCGCAGGGAGCCGGAGGCGGCCCCCCCGCCGCAAG